UCCGCCGGAGCCCGGGGAGGGACCGAGGGAGGGCCGGAGCAGCGCCGGGGCCGUGAGGGGCCGUGAGGGGCCGUGAGGGGCCGUGAGGGGCCGCGGCGGCAGCAGCGCAGCGGAGCGGCCGGGUGGGCCCCGCCGCCGGGGCAGCGGAGGAAGAUGAACCUCAAGUCGGAGCGCAGGGGGAUCCACGUGGAUCAGUCGGAGCUGCUGUGCAAGAAGGGCUGUGGUUACUAUGGCAAUCCUGCCUGGCAGGGCUUCUGCUCCAAGUGCUGGAGGGAGGAAUACCACAAGGCCAGGCAGAAGCAGAUUCAGGAGGAUUGGGAGCUGGCAGAGCGGCUGCAGCGUGAGGAGGAGGAGGCCUAUGCCAGCAGCCAGAGCACCCAAGGGGCACAGUCCCUGACCUUCUCAAAGUUUGAGGAGAAGAAAACCAACGAGAAAACAAGAAAGGUCACUACUGUGAAGAAGUUCUUCACUGCUUCCUCCAGGGCAGGAGCUAAGAAGGAGAUCCAGGAGGCCAAGGCUCCCAGCCCUUCCAUCCACAGGCAGGCCAGCAUCGAGACAGACCGGGUGUCCAAGGAGUUCAUAGAAUUCAUCAGGACCUACCAGAAGCCUGGCCAGGACAUCUACAAGCAAUGCAAACUCUUUUUGGACACCAUGAGUCAUAAAAGGGAUUUAAGCAUUGAGGAACAAUCUGAAUGUGCCCAGGACUUCUACCAAAAUGUGGCAGACAGGCUGCAGACACGCUGGAAAGUGCCCCCUGAAAAAGUGGAGAAGGCAAUGGAUGAGGUUGAGAAAUACAUCAUGACUCGACAGUAUAAAUAUGUUUUUUGCCCUGAGACAACUGAUGAUGAGAAGAAAGACCUUGCUGUCCAAAAAAGGAUCAGGGCCUUGCACUGGGUGACUCCACAGAUGUUGUGUGUUCCUGUCAGUGAGGAAAUCCCAGAAGUCUCUGACAUGGUUGUAAAGGCAAUUACAGACAUCAUCGAGAUGGACUCCAAGCGCGUCCCUCGGGAUAAACUGGCCUGCAUCACCAGAUGCAGCAAGCACAUCUUCAACGCCAUCAAAAUCACCAAAAACGAGCCAGCCUCAGCUGAUGAUUUCCUGCCCACCCUGAUUUACAUCGUGCUGAAGGGGAACCCCCCUCGCCUGCAGUCCAACAUCCAGUACAUCACUCGCUUCUGCAACCCCAGCAGGCUGAUGACAGGGGAGGAUGGAUAUUAUUUCACCAACCUGUGCUGUGCUGUGGCCUUCAUUGAAAAACUGGAUGCUCAGUCUUUAAACCUGAGCCAGGAAGAUUUCGAUCGUUUCAUGACGGGCCAGACCUCCCCAAAAAAGCAGGAACCUGACACUUUCUCCCCUGACGUGUGCCUGGGCGUGAAGCAGAUGUGCAAAAGCUUAGACCUCCUCUCUCAGUUGAAUGAGAGACAGGAAAGAAUUGUGAGUGAGGCCAAGAAGCUGGAGAAAGACCUCAUCGACUGGACUGACGGCAUCACCAAGGAGGUGGAGGAGAUAGUGGAGAAAUACCCCUUGGAAAUCAAACCAAAAAGUCAAGCCCUGGCAGCCAUUGACUCUGAAAAUGUGGAGAAUGACAAGCUACCCCCACCCCUGCAGCCUCAGCUCCAUCCAGCCCCGACUCCUUCGUGCACCUGAGGCUCAAACACCGAGCUCAGCUGGAAGCUGCUCUUGAGCAAAGUUUAAUUCUUGCCACCGAGGAGGAGAGCACCUACCCCUGGAUCCAUCCCACUGCAUUAAAGCGCUGCUCCCGUUAAAUUAAAUGCAAUAACUUCAGACCACGACUGUGAUUUGUCCCUUUUCUGGCAGUUUUUAGCCUUUUUAUGGACUAUGCACCACCCCUGGUGUUCCAGAGACAACAACAACAGCAGCAAAAAAAAUCAAAUUAUUCCGCGUGUCACCACGCCCAAAUCGCUUCGGUCAAUAAUGCUGGGAUUUAUUGAGUUUAUUUAGGUGCUGAUUCCGAUCUCCAGCCGAGGAGGGGUGCGGGAAGCAAACUCGCAGCUAUUGUGUAAAUGUUGAAAUAAAAGCGUGGCCGUUCUGCCCUCGUUAAUGAGUCCCCAAAGCCCUCCUGGGCCUUUGUUAUUCUAUUAAUGAUUCACGGCGAGAUAAUCGCGGCUGCCUCUGCGUUCUCAGGCGAGUGCCAGCCUGGGUAACAACGUUUAUUUUUAUUUUCCUUGCACAAAAGUCAUUGCGGUGAUUAAGCACUUCAGAACGGGUUUGUAACUAAAAUAUCUUGGUUUUUUUUUUUUUCGUGUGCCGGUUUGUAAUGGAGACGCUGAAGUGGGGAUGUUUUGAGGGAAUUAUUAAGGAAAGGUGGAUUUCCACUGCCCUCCCUGGAGUGAUCCCUGGGCAGGGCUGGAGCACAGAGGCGCUCACAAAAUUUGGGUGAGACCCCAGUGCUGCCCAAAAUAGCGAGACAGAGACUUUAAUGGAAAUAUCAUCCCUUAAAGCCAUUUAAAAUGCAGCUGUUGUGCUGUGCCCGCAGUCACCGUGUCAGAAAUUUGCUUUAUUUCUCCCGCUCAUAGCUGAGUGUCACUGAAAGCAAAGACUGCAGCUCCUCGGAUUGGAUCCUGUAUUAUUUAUAUUUAUCCUAUAUUGUAAAAUACUUCUUGGCAUGUGAACUCCUGCUUUUAUUUCGGAUGGUGAGGAGGAUAUUUAACAGGGAAUGCUGGAGUCAUUAAUUGUGGCUGUCACUCAUUAAUUCAUGUCAUUUUGGAAGCUUUCUGACCUGUC